AUGGUCAAUUUCACUUUACUUUGCGUCAGCUUGCUGGCCGGCAGCUGCUUCGCCUCCGAGCUAGGCCGCGACUGCACCGGAGUCAAUGCCAUCCACCCGCGGUGUUCGACCGCUGACACCAUCCCGUAUACCAGAGACUUCUUUUACGUCGGCGGCCGGGCUCUCGAAACCGCCUCUGGCGAGCUUACCGCCGACAAGCUCUACGUUGAGAAGAUCAGCCCAAUUGUCCCCCUACGCGAAAAGCCCAUCGUUCUAUUCCAUGGCGGAGGAUGUAGUGGUACGACUUGGCUCAACACGCCUGACAAUCGCAAGGGAUUCGCAAACUAUUUCGUCGAGAAGGGCUAUGUGGUUUACAUUGUCGAUGCUGCCGGUAACGGCCGGAGCACGAACAUGGAUUUGGAGGGUUUCCCUUUGACUGCGGGUUCCUCCUCAGCCCUCGUUGAGAUGGGAUUCUCUGCUCCCGAAGCUUACAACGGCUAUCCUCAGUCUCAGCUGCAUACCCAGUUCCCCGGAACAGGCAGAGCUGGAGAUCCAGCGUUCGAGAACUUCAAGAACUCCAUGGUUCCUUACACGACAAACAACAUCACGUUUGAGAACGCCAUGAGAGCUGGAGGCUGCAAGUUGCUGAGCCUCAUUGGCAAGUCAUACGUAAUCGGUCACUCGGCAGGAGGAUCAGCCGGCAUUCUGCUCUCAAACGACUGCCCCGAGCUGGUCGCUGCCAACAUCAACCUCGAAUCCUCGACCAUUCCGUUUUUCUGGUACACCUACGGCACCGCGGGCUUCUUCAACAACGCGUGGGGUCUGGCCAACACUCCUCUGAACUACACUCCGCCAAUCUCAGAUCCCUCAGAGCUCAAGAGAGUUGAAGUUGGUAAUUCCACGGUGGCUAGGCGCAGUUGCUUUCGACAGGCCGAGCCGGCUCACACGCUGCCCAACAUUGCUAGUGUACCGUACCUCAUGGUCACCGGUGAGGCUAGUGUCCACAUCACCUAUGACCACUGCAUCGUCGAUUAUAUGAAGCAGAUUGGUGCCAAGCCGGAAUGGAUCAAGCUUGCGGACCGUGGAAUACGAGGCAACGGCCACUUCAUGCAUAUCGAAAAGAAUAAUGGCGAAAUUGCUAAGUUGGUUCUGAACUGGAUCAAGGAGAAGGAGGACACGAUCUGGUAA